AUGCUGGACCGCGAGCGCGGCUGGAGCGUCUCGUUCGCCGGCUGCGGCUUCCUGGGCGUCUACCACAUCGGCGCGGCCACCUGCCUGCAGGAGCGCGCCCCCCACGUCAUCCGCGACGCCCGGCGCAUCUACGGCGCCUCCGCCGGGGCGCUCGCCGGCGCCGUGCUCGUCGGAGGCGGCUCUCUGGCUCAAGCUUGUGCAGAUGUUCUGGCAUUAGCCAAAGAAGCUAGAAAGCGAAACCUUGGUCCUCUUCAUCCUUCCUUUAAUGUAAUAAAGAUAAUAAGAGAUGGACUGAUGAGAAAUCUUCCAGAAAACACUCACCAGUUGUCAUCGGGCAGACUGUGUAUUUCACUAACCAGAGUAUCAGAUGGUAAAAAUGCAUUGAUAUCUAAUUUUAACUCUAAAGAAGAAGUUGUCCAGGCUUUAAUCUGUAGCUCAUUUGUCCCUAUUUAUUGUGGCCUAAUUCCACCGUCAUUUAGAGGUGUGCGCUAUGUGGAUGGAGGAAUCAGUGACAACUUACCUCACUAUGAAUCCAAGAGUACCAUCACAGUUUCGCCUUUUGCUGGGGAGUGUGAUAUCUGUCCAAAGGGGAAUUCUGCCAACUUUCAUGAAAUGAAUGUGACCAACACAAGCAUUCAGCUUAGUUUGGGGAACCUUUAUCGUUUAACACAAGCGCUCUUUCCACCAGAACCUAAGGUACUAGGAGAGAUCUGUGAGCAAGGAUAUUCAGAUGCUCUUAAAUUCUUGAAAGAGAAUGGUAUUCUGAAUGACUCAAUUUAUAUCCCCUUGUCCUUCACAAAAAGAAAUCCUCAUGAGGCUGCGCAGCACGUUGACCAUAUGAAGAAAAAAAAAUUGACAGAAAAUAACAGAGUAGAAACUUUGAAAAUGGAAGUACUUAAUGACCAGCUGAAGCAAAAUCCAUGGCCUUUGGAGAAGAGCAUAUUUGAGAGUCUCCCUCCUAGACUUCGUAAAGCACUGCAGGAAGCUUGUAAAGAACAGAGUGGAUUCUAUGCUCAGUUCUCUAAACUCUUCCCAAUGAGGGUGAUAUCCUAUCUGAUGCUGCCAUAUACGCUACCAGUGGAGUCCGCUUACUCUGUUGCUUUAAGGUUAGUAAACUGGUUUCCUGACAUGCCUGCUGAUGUUCGAUGGAUGCAAGAACAGCUUUGUCGGAUUGCUGGUACAGUUUAUUCCCAGGCUAAAAGCAAGCUGUUCUGUACCUCCAGGAAAGACAAUUAUGCAUCACUAAGAAAAUGUCAAACUGUCCCAUCUACUAUGGAAUUUAAUUCUUCAUGCUGCCACCUUAAAAUGCCUCACUCUUCUGUGGACCUUGAAACCUGGCUCUGGGAAUCUUCAUGCUUCAUGCACUCAGCUAUGAAAAAUGCUUCUGCUAACAUGCAGGAGCAUUCAGACUUAAACUCCUAUCCUAAUUUUCUCCCAAAUUCUGAUGAGUCUGGGUUGGAAAUAGAUUUUGACUCUUCCUCAGAGACAAGUUUCCAAACUGCUCCGGAGUAUUAAUUUGGAAGUAGAUUGCACAGUUUCCAAAAUUCCACUUUGGCAGAGAAAUUUAAAUCCUAAAGGACUAAAGAUCACUUUGUUUAUUGCCAAUAAGUCUUGGAAAAUCAUUUGUUUACAGCUUCCUGACAAAUCUGCCUUGGGAAUUCUACUGUUUUAAGGAUUAUAAAAACAGUUGCUGCUAUACUAGGUAACAGACUACAAUUCUGUCGAAGCACCAGCUCAAUCAACUGUAGUAAGACUUGUAGUAAACAGUGUUUCUCUGGAAAUAAAUUUUCAAAAAAUCUACUUUCAGCAUAAAAAUGUAAAUUCUGUAAACAGAUUGUUAGACAAACAAGCAUCAAUAACGAAAGCUUUUUAAAAAUAUAAUUCUUAACAAUAUUAUGUGUUAGGAUUAUUUUUAUAGCACUUAAAUGAAAUUGGACUUUUACUUCAUAAAGGGAAAUACACAAAUGAGCUUUUUAGUGGCCUCCAGUGUUGGUUUGCCUUAUGUUUAAACAUACUGUUGUGUUUAUGGAAAAGUUGUCUGCACGAGAUACUGUAGGAACAGUAUUAUUCUAGGUUGUUGUAUGUAUUCCACAGUUCAUAUUACUUCUCUGUGUCUCUUUCCCUCUUCAAAUACUUCAAGGGAAAAAGACAUAAGAAAUGGGACACAUUCCCCUGAAGUGUAAACAGGCACAGUUUCAGUGAUUUCAGAGGACUUUUUGUACUUAAUAAGGGCUUAAUAUUUGACUAAGUAUUGAAAAGUAGGUAAAAUAGUGACUGUGACUAGUAGCAAACAGUAAUUUCAGAAUGUGUUAAACUUUACAGAAGAUGUUAACAAAAAUCAGUGUACAGCAAGUGGUGAAUGAUGUUUAGGUCUUCUCUAAUUGCUGCCCAAUCAUUCUGAAUUUUUUUUCCCCUCCAACUUCAGAGAUUUUUCUUCCCUUCUUUCACUUCCCUCUUGCUAAAGGAGGGACGAAAAAAGGGGUCCCUCCUGUCUCAGUGAGGUGUGAUAACCCAAAGGAAGUUUUCCAAGACUGAUUGUUCGAAGAAGCAAACGUGUAAGACUUAGUGGAAGUAUCAAUAUCCAGGGAGCUGUGCAAAGGUCUCAAUGUGUUGAAAGUCAGCCAAAUCAUAUCUGUAUUGAGCGAUGAGCAUUUUAAAACACUUUCCACUACAAAGGUUCUGCAUAAUUUUAAUAAAGACAACGCAUUAGUGUAUGAAUACAUCAGGAGAAGUAAAUAACUGUUAAGAUUAACUACUCUUCUGAUGUUUUAUUAUCAUGUCUUGUACAAUUUUUUUUUAAGGUAGAAGGAAACGAGGGUGGCUUUAAAGUUGAGUUUGCGCAUGUGUUUGGCGUGUGACAUUUGAAGGCUUCUCAUUCACGCAACUUGGUGCAGCUCAGUGAAGAGACUAUAGAUGCUUACUGAGAGUAUCUUGUACAAGGAGAAACAGUGAUUAGAUUGUGACGCUCAGGAGAGGGAACUUUGGAGUGUGAACUUCAGUAUCCAGAAGUCUGUUGAAUAGCAAAAUGUAGUAUUUCGGAAUUGGACUGGCCUUUAAGCAGUUUCUCAGUUGUGAUUUCCCUAAGCUUGAAGUGCUAAAUUUUACAACAUUAAAAUUUAUUUUAGAAUGGUGGGGGGCAGGAGAGAAAGUGUCAAGGUAUCCAUUUCCAUACUACAGAAGACUGGUGCUAUUUUACUUCAACCCUUUUGUCCAUUUCUUCUGUGUUUGUAUCUUCAAAUUUGCAAGAAAAGUUGGAAAUGUUACUCUAACUACAAUUAAAAGAUACAAGAUCUGUUUUAUAUUGUCUUCAUUUAUAACUUUAAAUUUUCUAUAAUUUAAUUAUAAAACAUUCUGCAAAAUGUUAGUUCUACCAGCAUGUGUUAGAAUUCAAGUAGGAAUGCCAAGUUUUGCUUACUUUCUGUGUACUGGAAUAGUUCUAUUAACUACAUUUAAAUCAAACUUAACCACUUGUUCUGUUGCGCACAGCUCCAAUUUUGUCUCCAUUUUUUUUAAAUAAAAAGAGAGUCUCUUCUGUUACCAUG